AUGGAUAAUGUGUCUGUAGAAACUAUGUUUUUUCUCUCUGGCUUAAAUGAAACAACAAACUACCGAGUUGCUCUCUUCUUUCUCACUUUGCAGUGUUACGGUUUGGUUUUGCUGGUAAAUAUUUCUCUUAUUGUGAUCAUCAUCUGGGAUAAAAAACUGCAUGAACCAAUGUAUAUUCUGUUGUGCACUUUUUGCGUGAAUGAACUUUAUGGGACGGCAGGUUUCUACCCCAAGUUUCUCUGGGAUCUGCUUUCUCCUGCUCAUGUCAUCUCUUAUUCUGGAUGCCUUAUUCAGGCUCUAGUAAUUUACUCAUUUGUCUGCACUGAUAUGUCCAUUCUAGCAGUCAUGGCGUAUGACAGAUAUGUGGCGAUAUGUCAACCGCUGCAGUACCACUCUAUCAUGUCAAAGCAACGACUCAUUAAGUUGGUGUGUUUCUCUUGGUUAACACCUUUCUGCAGCACGGUCAUAAAUAUUUUUCUGACAUCUAGAUUACAGUUAUGCAGCCCGUAUAUUGCCAGACUCUUUUGCGUGAACUGGGUUAUUGUUGAACUUGCUUGUUUCCCAGAACAAACUACCGGUAGUGGAGUAGUUCUAUACUUAACAGUAAUCAUUUAUGUCUUUCAUGGUUUUUUUAUAGUUUGCUCCUACAUGUAUGUCAUUAAAACUUGUGUAAAUUCUAUUGAAAACAGGGCAAAGUUCAUGCAAACAUGCGUGCCACAUUUAACCUGCUUCAGCAUUUUCCUGGUGACUGUAGUUUUCAAUGUCAUGUACUUGCGAUUUGGUUCAAAAGAUUUGCCUCAAACUGUUCAAAACUUUGUUGCAGUAGAAUUUAUCGUCAUACCUCCGAUCAUGAAUCCUCUCAUUUAUGGUUUCAAACUGACCAAAAUUCAGAACAGAAUUCUGGGUGUUAUAAAUUUUAAAACCAAAUAA